UUGCUCCCUCCCCGCCUCCCCCUUCCUAUUGCACAUUCUCUCCUGGCGGCGGCGCCCCACUUUGCAGCAGCCCCACCAGCACCCGGGAGGAGGAGGAGGAACAUGGCGACAGGGAGCAGCUGUGGGGAGCUGAGGCGACCCUGCCUGGCAGCCCUGCUGCUGCUGCUGCUUGCAUGGAGCCCUUAUCCGGCUGCCGCCAGCACCCUGCUGCUGCACGGGGGGGCUGCACCCCGGCCUCAGGACCGGGGCUUCGCGCUGCUCCAAGGGGAAACGCUGAGCCUGGGUGACAGAGGGACGGGCAGGGCAAGCGAGAGGCUCCAGCCGCGGAGGAAGAGGAGCGCUGCGGAGCAGCAGCAGCAAGAGCCCGUUAAGGUGUAUGGACAGGUCAGUCUGAAUGACUCUCACAAUCAGAUGGUCGUUCACUGGGCAGGAGAAAAGAGCAAUGUGAUUGUGGCCUUGGCUAGAGACAGCCUGGGGUUACUGAGACCCAAGAAAAGCAAUGUUUAUGUGUCGUAUGACUACGGGAAGACGUUUAAAAAGAUAUCGGAGAAAUUCAGCUUCGGUGCAGGGAACACCAGCGAUGUGGCCAUCUCACAGUUCUACCACAGCCCUGCUGACAACAAAAGGUACAUCUUCGUGGAUGCCUACGCCCAGUACCUCUGGAUCACCACGAACUUCUGCAGCAAUAUCCAGGGCUUCUCUAUUCCAUUCAGAGCCGCAGAUCUGCUGUUACACAGUAGGAUCCCUGACCUCGUUUUGGGCUUCGAUAGGUCUCAUCCCAACAAACAGCUCUGGCAAUCUGAUGACUUUGGGCAGACCUGGAUAAUGAUUCAGGAACACGUGAAAUCUUUUUCUUGGGGCAUUGACCCAUAUGAUAAACUGAAUACAGUUUACAUAGAACGACAUGAGCCUACAGGAUCCUCAACUAUAAUCCGCAGCACAGAUUUCUUUCAAACCAGGGAAAACAAAGAAAUCAUUCUGGAAGAUGUUGAAGACUUCCAGCUCAGGGACAAAUAUCUGUUUGCCACAAAGACUGCGCAUUUAUUGGGCAGCCAGCAGCAAACUUCAGUCCAGCUCUGGGUUUCCUUCAACCGCAAGCCAAUGCGAGCUGCGCAGUUUGUAACCAGACAUCCAGUAAAGGAAUACUACAUUGCGGAUGCGUCCGAGGACCAGGUGUUCGUGUGUGUCAGCCACAGUAACAACCGCACCAACCUCUACAUCUCAGAAGCAGAAGGCCUGAAGUUUUCUCUGUCUUUAGAAAAUGUGCUGUACUACAGUCCUGGAGGGGCAGGCAGCGAUACCUUGGUCAGGUAUUUUGCCAACGAGCCUUUUGCAGACUUCCAUCGUGUCGAGGGCGUGAGAGGAGUGUACAUUGCCACCCUGAUAAACGGCUCGUUCAGCGAAGAGAACAUGAGGUCUGUCAUCACCUUUGACAAAGGUGGAACCUGGGAAUUUCUGCAGGCUCCGGCAUAUACGGGUUAUGGAGAAAAGAUAGAUUGCGAGUUUUCAAAGGGCUGCUCUCUUCAUCUGGCCCAGCGACUGAGUCAGCUGCUUAACUUCCAGUUGCGUAGGAUGCCCAUUCUCUCCAAAGAAUCUGCUCCAGGACUGAUCAUUGCCACAGGCUCGGUUGGCAAGAACAUGGCAAGCAAAACGAACGUGUACGUUUCAAGCAGUGCAGGAGCGAGGUGGAGAGAGGCACUGUCCGGCCCCCAUUACUACACUUGGGGUGACCAUGGUGGCAUUCUCGUCGCAAUAAUGCAGGGCACAGAGACAGACCAGCUCAAGUACAGCACAAAUGAAGGGGAGACCUGGAAAACGUUCACUUUCUCAGCGAAACCGGUAUUUGUGUAUGGGCUUCUCACCGAGCCAGGGGAGAAGAGCACCGUGUUCACCAUCUUCGGCUCCUAUAAAGAGAACGGCCACAGCUGGCUGAUACUGCAGAUCAACACCACUGACGUGCUCGGCGUCCCUUGCACAGAAAACGAUUACAAACUGUGGUCACCCUCCGAUGAGCGAGGUAAUGAGUGCUUACUGGGGCAUAAGACCGUUUUCAAAAGGAGGACGCCUCAUGCGACUUGCUUCAAUGGGGAAGAUUUUGAUAGACCAGUUAUGGUCUCCAACUGCUCAUGUACAAGAGAAGACUUUGAAUGUGAUUUUGGUUUUAAACUGAGCGAUGACUUAUCAUUGGAAGUUUGUGUCCCUGAUCCUGAAUUUGCUGGGAAACCAUAUUCCCCACCUGUGCCUUGUCCUGUUGGCUCGACGUAUAGAAAAACUAGAGGCUACCGCAAGAUCUCUGGUGACACCUGUUCAGGAGGAGACAUUGAAUCGCGGCUAGAAGGGGAGCUGGUGCCAUGCCCUCUAGCAGAAGAGAAUGAGUUUAUUCUGUAUGCCACACGCUACUCCAUCCAUCGGUACGAUCUCUCUUCUGGAGCCAGCGAGGAGUUGCCUCUGACUGGAUUGCGAGGGGCAGUGGCUCUGGACUUUGAUUAUGAUCACAACUGUUUGUACUGGGCGGAUGUGACGCUUGACAUUAUCCAGCGUCUUUGUCUAAACGGCAGCUCUGGACAGGAGAUAAUCAUUAGCACUGGCCUAGAAACAGUGGAAGCGUUGGCCUUUGAACCUCUCAGUCAGUUGCUUUACUGGGUGAAUGCUGGUAUUCCAAAAAUUGAGGUUGCCAACCCAGAUGGAGACAUGCGAUUUACUGUUCUGAAUUCCUCUGUACUCGAACGACCCAGAGCCCUAGUUUUGGUGCCUAAAGAAGGGUUGAUGUUCUGGACAGACUGGGGAGACACUAGACCUGGCAUUUACAGAAGCGAUAUGGAUGGUUCGUCGGCCAGUUGCAUUGUCUCUGAGGGAGUGAGAUGGCCAAAUGGCAUUUCUGUGGAUGAUCACUGGAUCUAUUGGACGGAAGCCUAUAUGGAUAGAAUCGAGAGGAUUGAUUUCAAUGGGAUGCAGAGAUCGGUGAUACUGGAUAGUCUUCCUCAUCCCUAUGCUAUUGCUGUAUUUAAGAAUGAAAUCUACUGGAAUGAUUGGUCGCAGCUGAGUAUUUUUAGAGCAUCUAAAUACAGUGGGUCGAGAAUGGAGAUUUUAGUUGGCCGAUUAAAUGGGAUCAUGGAUAUGAAAAUCUUCUACAGAGGAAAGACAACAGGACAGAAUGCCUGCAUCACCAAGCCUUGCAGUUUGCUGUGCUUGCCCAAAUCAAACAACAGCAGAAGCUGCAAGUGUCCUGAGGGAGUCUCCAGCAGCGUGCUCCCAUCAGGGGAAGUGAAGUGUGAUUGUCCACACAGAUACGUGAUGAAGAACAACACCUGCAUCAAGGAAGAUAACACCUGUCUGCCUAACCAGUAUAGAUGCUUCAACGGGAACUGCAUCAACAGCAUUUGGCAGUGUGACAACGAUAACGAUUGCGGAGACAUGAGCGAUGAGAAGAAUUGCCCCACAACAGUCUGUGAUAGCGAGACUCAGUUCCGCUGCCAGGGCUCGGGGACCUGCAUCCCGCUGUCCUAUAAAUGUGACCUGGAGGACGACUGUGGAGAUAACAGUGAUGAAAGCCACUGCGAAGCUCACCAGUGUAGAAGUGAUGAAUUCAGCUGCAGCUCGGGAAUGUGCAUUCGUCUUUCUUGGAUGUGUGACGGCGAUAACGACUGCAGAGACUGGUCAGAUGAAGCUAACUGCACUGCAGUAUACCAUACAUGCGAAGCCUCCAGCUUCCAGUGCCAUAAUGGGCACUGCAUUCCCCAGAGAUGGGCAUGCGAUGGCGACGCCGACUGCCAGGAUGGCUCUGAUGAGGACCCUGUCAAGUGCGAAAAAAAGUGCAACGGUUUCCAGUGUCCAAAUGGAACCUGCAUCCCAAAUAGCAAGCACUGCGAUGGGCUGCAUGACUGCUCCGAUGGCUCUGACGAACAGCACUGUGACCCCCUGUGCACGCGUUACAUGGACUUUGUGUGUAAGAACCGGCAGCAGUGCUUGUUCCACUCCAUGGUGUGUGACGGCAUUGUGCAGUGUCGGGAUGGCUCGGAUGAAGAUGCCAACUAUGCUGGGUGCUCCCAAGACCCAGAGUUUCACCGGACCUGCGACCAAUUCAACUUCCAGUGCCAGAAUGGCGUGUGCAUCAGUUUGGUGUGGAAAUGUGAUGGGAUGGAUGACUGUGGGGAUUACUCUGAUGAAGCAAACUGUGAAAACCCAACGGAAGUGCCGAACUGCUCUCGCUACUACCAGUUCCAGUGUGAGAAUGGCCACUGCAUCCCUAACCGGUGGAAAUGCGACGAGGAGAAUGACUGUGGUGAUUGGUCUGACGAGAAGGAAUGUGGGGGUUCACAGAUCCUUCCCUUUACGACAUCUGCCCCAGUGACAUGUUUACCUAACCACUUCCGUUGCAACAGCGGUGCCUGCAUCAUGAACAGUUGGGUUUGCGAUGGAUAUCAGGACUGCACAGAUGGCUCAGAUGAGGAAGCCUGCCCUACUUUAUUAGCCAACGUAACUGCGACUUCCACCAUCUCCCUUGGCCGGUGCAGCAGGUUUGAGUUUGAGUGUCAGCAGCUGAGGAAGUGCAUCCCUAACUGGAAGCGAUGUGAUGGCCUGAGAGACUGCCAGGAUGGCACGGAUGAAAUGAACUGUCCUACUCGCAGCACACUAUCAUGCCCUAACGGUUUUAAAUGUGAAGAUGAGGAAGCCUGUAUCAUGACAGCAGAGCGGUGUGAUGGAUUUCUGGACUGUUCAGAUAGUAGCGACGAGAGAAACUGCACCGAUGACACAAUUGUGUACAAAGUCCAGAAUCUCCAGUGGACGGCUGAUUUCUCUGGUGAUAUCACUUUAACGUGGGCCCGACCUAAAAAAAUGUCCUCAACAUCUUGUGUGUAUAAUGUCUAUUACAGGAUGGUUGGCGAAAGCAUUUGGAAAACGUUAGAAACUCACAGCAGCAAAACAAACAGUGUCUUGAAAGUCCUCAAGCCAGAUUGCACCUAUCAGGUCAAAGUUCAGGUCCAGUGCCUCAGCAAAGUGUACAACACCAAUGACUUCAUUACUCUGCGUACGCCGGAGGGAUUACCCGAUCCCCCCCUUCAUCUUCAGCUGUCCCUAAAGAAAGAGCUGGAAGGCGUGGUGAUCGCCCGCUGGGCUCCGCCCAUGUCUGCCCACGGCCUGAUCCGAGAGUACAUCGUGGAAUACAGUAGAAGUGGUUCCAAGGAGUGGUCCUCACUUAGAGCCAGUAAGAACUAUACCGAGAUUGAGAACUUGCAGGUCAACAAAUUAUACACACUAAGAGUUGCUGCAGUAACUAGUCGGGGCGUAGGAAACUGGAGUGAUUCCAAAUCCAUAACCACCAUGAAAGGCAAAGCCAUCCCACCGCCUACCAUCCAUAUUGAGAGUUGCAAAGAAAAUUCCAUAAGUUUCACUCUGAAAGUGGAUGCUAAUAUUAAGGUGAAUGGUUAUAUCGUGAACUUCUUCUGGACCUUCGAUACCCACAGGCAAGAAAAAAGGACUUUGUUCCUAGAUGGUGAAAAGUCAGCACAAACAGUGGGUAAUUUGACAGCACACACCUCGUAUGAAAUUUCUGCCUGGGCCAAGACUGCACUGGGGGACAGCCCUCUAUCGUUUGCACAUGUGGUGACCAGUGGUACGAGACCUGCGUCGCCAAGCCUCAAAGCCAAAGCCAUCAAUCAGACUGCUGUGGAGUGUAACUGGACUGGACCCAGGAACGUCGUCUAUGGUGUUUUCUAUGCCACCUCGUUCCUGGAACUAUAUAGAAACCCUCAUAACACCACCACUGCUUUACACAACAUCACUGUGAUCGUGAACAGGGAUGAGCAGUACCUGUUUCUGGUCCGUGUGAUGUCUCCAUACCAAGGACCACCUUCCGACUACAUCGUGGUGAAGAUGAUACCGGACAAUAGACUUCCCCCUCGGCAUCUGCAUUCUGUGCUCACCAGAAAGACAUUUGCGGUCAUCAAGUGGGAGUCGCCCUACGAUUCGCCUGACCAGGACAUGCUGUAUGCUGUCGCAGUAAAAGAUUUAAUUAAAAAAACAGAUAAAAUCUACAAGGUGAAAACCCGUAACAGCACAGUGGAAUACACCAUUAAAAAGCUGGAGCCGGGAGGAAAAUAUCAUAUAAUUGUUCAGCUCGGAAACAUGAGCAAAGAAUCCAGUAUGAAAAUUACCACAGUUUCACUCUCUGCACCAGAUGCCUUAAAAAUUAUAACGGAAAAUGAUCAUAUUCUGCUUUUUUGGAAGAGUUUAGCCUUGAAAGAAAGUAAUUUUAACGAGAGCCGGGGUUACGAGAUUCACAUGUUUGACAGCACAAUGAAUAUCACAGCUUAUCUUGGGAACACCACAGAGAACUUCUUCAAAAUUUCCAACCUGAAGAUAGGCCACAACUAUUCAUUCACAGUUCAGGCCCGAUGUCUUUAUGGCGGACAGAUGUGUGGGGAGCCUGCUACUCUUCUGUACGAUGAACUAGGAACGGGUGAAGAUGCCUCUGCGUCUAAAACUGGGAAAUCCACAGAUGUAGCUGCCAUCGUGGUCCCGAUAUUAUUCCUAUUGCUUGUGACCAUGGGAAUAGGGUUUGUUGUAUUAUACAUGAGACACAGAAGACUGCAGAAUAGCUUCACUGCCUUUGCAAACAGCCACUACAGCUCCCGCCUUGGGUCAGCCAUAUUCUCUUCCGGUGAUGAUUUAGGAGAGGACGACGACGAAGCCCCUAUGAUAACUGGAUUCUCAGAUGAUGUUCCCAUGGUCAUCGCAUGAAGCGCAUUUCUGACUGUAAACCAAAUGGUGUAAAUAUUUUAUUUGAUAAAAAUAGUUGAUGGUUUAUUUUAAAAAUG